UUGUGUUUGGGCGUACUCUGCCUUUCAGCGUCGGACGACGACGUUCAGGAGCUACCGAGGAAUUUGAUACGGGAUCUAGUCACCUACCGAGUCUAUAGAUUCACUUGUUAAUCACGGAGCCCGAUACAGAUCCACUAAUGGCUGAGACUGUGGUGGUGCGAGCAGCCCGGCCGCGGAAACCCCAAGACGACAGCCUGAACACGACAGAGACGGAGGAUCUAGAAGUGGGCUUUGUUCAGAAUGGACGUCACAGUUGGACUCAUGAGCCUCCUCCACAGCCGCCCCCACCGAACCUCCAGCCGAACAACUUGAAUCAGCAACUCGAAGAGGAAGAGCUCAAAUACGGAGCCAAACACGUGAUCAAACUCAUCAUUCCCGUUUCUCUCUGUAUGCUGGUCGUGGUCGCGUCGAUAAACACGGUCACGUCGCUGACAGAAAGCAACGGCCAGUACUUGCUGUACACUCCAUUCCACGAUCAGGACGUGGACACGAGGACGAAAGUUUGGCAGAGCUUCGCCAAUGCCCUCAUCCUGAUGAGCGUCAUCGUGGUGAUGACGGUGCUCUUGAUCUUCCUGUACAAACAUCGAUGCUACAAAGUGAUCCACGGCUGGCUGAUUCUCUCCAGUCUCCUGCUACUGUUCCUCUUCUCCUACAUCUAUGCAUAUACGGUUCUCUCGAACUACAACAUAGCCGUGGACUAUUUCACGGUAGCCAUGUGCGUCUGGAACUUCGGAAUGGUGGGAAUGGUAUGCAUCCAUUGGAAGGGUCCGCUCCUGCUCCAACAAUCCUACUUGAUCGUCAUAUCGGCCCUGAUGGCCAUGGUCUUCAUCAAGCACAUGCCGCCGUUCACGGUCUGGACGGUUCUCGGGGUAAUAUCCGUAUGGGAUCUGAUCGCCGUGCUCUCGCCAAAGGGACCGCUCCGCAUUCUGGUGGAAACUGCUCAGCAGCGAGAAGAACCGAUUUUUCCGGCCCUGAUCUACUCGUCUGCGAUGGUGUGGCUCGUAGGAAUGGCUGAUACGACGACCACUUCAGAUCCGGACACCGAAGCUCAAAACAGGAGGAACAGACAGCUGUCUGAAACUCAGACCGAUCCCUCGACCGAGGAACAACAGAACGAGCCCUCGGCUACUCGCCGAAGACAAGCUCAGGCGCAGCAGCCAGCUCUGACGGGCCGAGGUCCCGGUUCGGAUGCACGAGCCCGUACGGCUCGCGGAGCUCACCAAGACGCGCCGGGAGAGAACGCUCGAGCGGUGGAGAUCGUCCACCAAGAAGAGGAACGUGGAGUGAAACUUGGAUUGGGCGAUUUUAUUUUCUACUCGGUCCUCGUCGGUAAAGCAUCAUCCUACGGCGAUUGGAACACCACACUGGCUUGUUUCGUGGCCAUAUUGAUCGGGUUGUGUUUGACCCUCAUCCUCCUGGCGAUUUUCAGAAAAGCGUUGCCCGCGCUUCCCAUAUCCAUAGCCUUCGGGCUGGUUUUUUACUUCGCGACAUCGACUCUGGUUCAACCUUUCACAGCCAUUCUGGCACAACAGCAAGCAUACAUAUGAGGCUCUUUUGUAAAUAGCAUUUUAUGACCGGGAAAAAAUCGACGGCGCCAAUGUUUCGCAAAAUGUCUGGCUUGGACGAAUAUUUCAAUUAGAACGGGUUUCCCGAUCCGAGAGAUCGUCAACUCUAGCCCACGUUCCCCAAACCUUUUUCGGUAAGAAACUUUCAAGGAUCAAAUACGUAUGGGAAGAUCAUCAAAAUGCGCUCCGAAGGUGCCGAAUGCUCCAGCGCAAGGUGGCGGGGAACUCGGGGAGAACUCGGAGCUCGAGGCGGAUAUCAUUAUGUUGCCCAGGGACGUUUCCUGUUAACUGUCCGGCGCAUCUGACACCGCUCUAUUUUUAUCCAAUGACGUAUGCAAUGACAUUGUAAAAAUAUUCUUCGAAUAAAGAUCCA